AUGGGUGUAGAGGAGUCUAUUGGUAAUUUGUCAUUGGAUGGUGGGAUGUCACUGCUUUCAUCCAGCACACCUUCCAAAAAACCACAAUCAAAUGAUGAUGAUAUGAUUUUGAAUAAGACAUCUGGUCUAUCAAUAAGUGAUGAAGAUGAAGAUGGUGAUAAAAAAAUGAAAGAAACAACUUUGCAAUCUAGACUGUUAGCUAAGAGACUACAAUAUCAACACCCUCAUACACCAGUGAGGUCUUCCCCUUUGAAAAUGAGUGUUAAUUCUGCAAAUUCUCCUACAUCACAAGAUCAUGAAAUUCUUAGUGAUGAUGAAAUGAAUAUUGAUGAUAGUGAUGUUAUGAUGACUGAAGCUGAUACAAGUCAUAGUUUUUCACAAUCAUUUGCUCAUACUGCACAUACUAUCUUUUCUCCUACUGAAUUGGGUGCUAGAAUUGCUACAACUACUAAAUCACCAUUUAAAUCAAAUUUAAAUAAAGAAUUACAAGAAACAGCAGAUGAUAAUUCAUUCAUAAAUGAUUCAAUUUCUAGUUCUAUUGAACAUGGCGAUGAUGAAAAUUCAGAUUCUAGUUUAAGAAAUAGAAAUCAACCCCAACAACUAGGAUUGGUUAGAUUUUCUUCAAAUACAAAUACAAAUACAACAACAACAACACAAGAUUCAACACAAGAUUUAGAUUCAACAUUUGAUGAAGAUUCUACAAAUCAAGAUUCAUCAUCUCAAGAUAAUUUCAUGACUCCAGCUGCAUCAAAUGGUAUGUUAAGAACACCAUGGGGUAAAACACCAAUUCAAUUGCAAACUCAUCAUCAUCAUUAUUAUCCAUCAAAUCCUUCAUCUGCAUUUUCCACACCAUCAAGAACUCCUAAUGGAUCUCAAUAUACUCCAUAUAAAGAUAUUAUUCCCUUACCAGCACCUUGGUCUAAAGCUGCAGAACCUAAAGCUCCAACACCAUAUAUUAUUAGUUCAUAUUUACAAUUAUUAUUUAAUGUUGUCACAUCAAGUAUUGCAAUUUAUAUCUUAAUUAAUGCAAUUAAAACAGUGAAAUCAGAUAUUAAUUUAAAAAUGGAAGAAUAUGCAGCAGAAAUUGCUAUGGAAGUUUCACGUUGUACAAGAUCUUAUAUUGAAAAUAAAUGUGCUCCAGAAACAAGAGUAUCAGCAUUAGAAGUGUUAUGUACAGAAUGGGAAAGAUGUAUGAAUAGAGAUCCAACAACCCAAGCUGGGAAAGCAAGUGUUAGUGCUGAAACUUUAGGUUUGAUUUUAAAUUCAUUAAUUGAACCAAUUGGUAUUAAAGCUAUUAUUGUGUUUGGUGUUGGUCUUAUUGGAUGGGCAUUUACUUCAAAUUUUGUGUUUGGAUUUGUUAGAGCUAAAUCAUAUUAUGGAUGGGAUUCAAAUAUUGAUCCAUAUCAAUUGGGACAACAACAACAAUUACAAUGGGAUCAGUAUCAACAACAAGGUUAUCCUUCCACACCGGCUCGUAUGUUACCAUUGGGUCCACCACCUUCAGGACAAAAUUAUACACCUGGUGGUCCUUCACAAAAUUGGGAUUAUAAUUAUACACCAUCUAGAUAG